AUGGAGAGAUCCUACCAGUACAUCCGCAAGUGUUUCGGACACAUCCUUGGUUCUCUCCGUUCGCGAUAUAAGGGCCUGCGAAAGCGCACCCAGCAGCCACCAUCCCCUACUGCGCCGUCUUCCCCUCCGACCUCAGCUUUUCCCCACGUUCCACCUUCGCCUCCCCCUGCGUCUCCGCAAGAACAGCCACAGCCACAGCAGGAGUCGCAGGAGCACAGGGAGAUUCAGUAUCAGCACCCAGAGCUGGAGCAGGAGGAAAAUUCCAUUCAACACCAUCAUCACUACCACUAUCACUACCACUACUACCACACCAAUCGAGUCAACGGUCAAUGA